CCAUGGCAACAAUCAUGGCAGAAGCAGAGACCCGUCAGAGGCUGCUGCGCACCGUCAAGAAGGAGGUGAAGCAGAUUAUGGAGGAAGCCGUCACCAGGAAAUUUGUUCACGAAGACAGCAGUCAUAUUGUGUCCUUUUGUGCUGCAGUGGAGGCAUGUGUUCUGCAUGGCCUGAAACGGCGAGCAGCAGGCUUUCUGCGUAGCAACAAGAUAGCAGCACUCUUCAUGAAGGUGGGGAAGAGCUUCGCCCCAGCCGAGGAGCUGUGUAGGAAAGCCCAGGAGCUCGAGCAGAUCAUUGAAACAAAACGAAGUCAGAGCUCACAAAGUCAAGACAGCCUUCGAAAGAUGCCCCGACUGCCCAGCCUCAACCCGCAGGGAGUAAGGAGUCUGUGGAUCCGCACGGCUCUGUUUGAGAAGGUGCUAGACAAGAUUGUCCUCUACCUGGUGGAGAACAGCAGUAAAUAUUACGAGAAAGAGGCUGUUCUGAUGGACCCAGUGGACGGACAUAUCCUUGCCUCUCUGUUAGUCGGUCCGUGUGCUUUGGAGUACACAAAGAUGAAGACGGCCGACCACUUCUGGACAGACCCGUCUGCUGACGAGUUGGUGCAAAGACAUCGCAUCCAUGGUGGCCACUGCAGACAGGAUUCACCCACUAAGAGGCCUGCACUGUGUAUCCAGAAGCGGCACUCCAGCAGCAGCAUGGAUGAACGAUCUUCCCCCUCUCCAUCAGCUCGUGAAUAUGUGGAGUCGCUGCAUCAAAACAACAGGGUGACCCUACUGUUUGGCAAAAACAAUGUGCUGGUGCAGCCGAGGGACGACAUGGAGGCUAUCCCUGGUUACCUCUCUCUGCACCAGAAUGCUGACCUCAUGACCCUGAAGUGGACGCCCAAUCAGCUCAUGAACGGCUCUGUUGGAGACUUGGACUAUGAACGCAGUGUAUACUGGGACUAUGCCAUGACGAUCCCUCUUGGGGAAAUAGUUUACUUGCACUGCCAUCAACAAGUUGACAGUGGGGGGACGGUGGUGCUAGUCAGUCAGGAUGGGAUCCAGAGACCUCCACUUCGCUUCCCCAGAGGAGGCCACUUGCUCCAGUUCCUCUCCUGCCUGGAGAACGGUUUGCUUCCCCGCGGCCAGCUGGACCCUCCACUUUGGUCUCAGAGGGGAAAGGGGAAGGUGUUUCCCAAGCUGCGGAAGAGGGUUCCUCAGGGAUCUGGAUCCUCGGACUCGGUCUCAGAUAAGGAGGAAGAUGAGGCCACAGACUAUGUCUUCCGCAUCCUCUUUCCAAACAGCCAGUCAGAGUUUGUGACUCCUCCAGACUUGAUGGAUCAGGGAGCUACAAUGUGGCAUCCGACUCUCAGGAAGUCCUCGUGUUCCUCUUGUUCUCAGGGGAGCUUCUCUGAUGGGGCGACGCCCAAGGGAUGCAACCAUGAGAGGGCUCCUCUGAAGAUGCUCUGCGACAACAUGAAGAAUCAGAUCAUCUCUCGGGCAUUUUACGGCUGGUUGGCAUACUGCCGUCACCUUUCCACUGUGCGCACACACCUCUCUGCUCUCGUCAAUCACACCAUUGUGGAGCCCAACGUGCCGUGUGAUGCCUACAAAGGGCUCACCACAGACGUGUGGCAGACAUUCCUCCAGGACUGCACAGCAUACGAAGAGGAGGAGCUGCUUCGUCUGGUCUACUUUGGCGGUGUGGACGCCUCGCUGCGUAAAGAGGUGUGGCCUUUCUUGCUAGGUCAUUACCAGUUUGGGAUGUCAGAAGCUCAGAGGAAGGAGGUGGAUGAACAGGUCCGAGUGUGCUACCAACAGACGAUGCAUGAGUGGCUCGGCUGUGAGGAGAUUGUUCGCCAGCGGGAGAAGGAGCAACAUGCUGCUGCAUUAGCUAAGUGCUCCUCUGGAGCGAGCAUCGACUGUACCAGUCAGAAGGUGAUGCACCGCAACUCCACCGUCAGCAAUGAGUCCUCACAGAGCUCAGACAGGCAGAGUCUGGCUCGCCUGCAGAGUGACUCCAGCAGCAGCACACAGUUCUUCACAUCCUCCCAUCCCUUCCCCUGGAGCAGCCUGCUUCCCUUUGGCUUGUUCUUUCAGGUGUUUGAGUCCGUCGAGGAGGUUGACCAGAUCGAGACGGAGCCCAAGAGCGAGGAGGCCAAGCAGGUGCAGAAGAUACCCAACGGAGCUCUGCAGAACGAGACGAGCUCUCCUGACUCGGGACACCCCUCCUCCCGCAACUUCUCAGUCACCUCCGGCCUGUCGGACGGCUCGCUCACAGAGGACAGCGCUGCGCCUGAUACAAUCCAGAGAUCUGUAGCUGUCCCUCAGGUGCCUCAGAGCCCGGUCAAACCUGUAGUAGUAGAGAGUGAAGGUCUGACAGAAGAGACAGACAGCCAAGGGAAAGUGAAGAACAAGGAGGAGGAUAAAGCACCCGAUGAGACCAAAACUGCAGAAAAUACCAAGAUGGCCAACAAAGAGACAAGUCUGCAACCCAAAACAGAAGAAGCUGUUGAUGAGUCUGGAGGAAUUAAAUCAGAGGGGAUCAAGUGUGAGGAUAAAGAUGCACUGGCAGACAUUCAAGGAAUUAAAGCUUUAGAGUCAGGGGAAAAAGAAAAAGAAGAGCCAGCUGAGGAUACUGUGAUGGUGUCAGCAGCUGCCACGGAAACAAAAGGAGAACUUGUUGAGCAAAGUCUGAAAAAAGAAGUAGAAGUUAGUACUGAAGAAACAUCAAAGCUUAAGAAAACAAAUGUGGUAAAGACAAAGGAAAUUGCUGAAUCAAAGACAAGUAAACCGCAAGAGGUUUUAUUGGCAGAGAGGAGAGAAAAUAUAUCCUUUGAUCCCGUAGCUCCCGAAGUUGAAAAGAAUCUGGUUUUCUCAGCAGACGGCGGGAGAGCCAGAGAAACCUACUUUGCCUCUCAGACAGACGAGGCUCAGGUCAUGACUGAAUCUGAUGAGUCUCCCUCAGCCAUAGAGAUGGAGGAGAUCCCCAAAGCCAAAGUUUCCAUGGUGCCUUGGAGCAGGAAGGGACGCUGUGAAUCAUCAUCUUUCUCUGAGGACUCGGUCCCCCACAUGGAGCUCAGGCAGGAGGACGAGCAGGGGAAGCCCGGCCCGGAGGGCACAGAGCACAUCCUGUGUGAGGAGCCGGAGAUGGAGAGCCUUUUCCCAAACUUUGACUCUCUGGCUGGGCCUGCAGACACUAAGAAUAAGGCGACGUCUCAAGAAUCUGCUGGGAGUACCUUCUCUCAAGAGCUUUUGGAUCUGUAUUCAUUAAAUCUACACCGCAUUGAAAAGGAUGUCCAGCGCUGCGACCGAAACUAUUGGUACUUCACUCCUGCCAACCUGGAGAAACUGCGAAACAUCAUGUGCAGCUAUAUCUGGAGGCACCUCGACAUCGGCUACGUACAGGGCAUGUGUGAUCUGCUGGCUCCACUUCUAGUCAUUCUGGACGAUGAGGCCAUGGCCUUCAGCUGUUUCACUGAGCUCAUGAAGAGAAUGAAUCAAAACUUUCCACACGGAGGAGCGAUGGACACUCACUUUGCCAACAUGCGCUCUCUUAUCCAGAUCCUCGAUUCUGAGCUCUUUGAGCUAAUGCACCAGAACGGAGACUACACCCACUUCUACUUCUGCUACCGCUGGUUUCUCCUAGACUUCAAGCGAGAGCUGGUGUAUGAUGACGUGUUCACAGUGUGGGAAACGAUCUGGGCAGCCAAGUAUGUCUCUUCAAGUCACUUUGUCCUCUUCAUUGCCCUGGCGCUGGUGGAGAUCUACAGGGACAUAAUCCUGGAGAACAACAUGGACUUCACCGACAUCAUUAAGUUCUUCAAUGAAAUGGCCGAGCACCACAACAUAAAGCAGAUUAUGACCCUGGCCAGAGAUCUGGUCUGCAAGGUGCAGAUGCUGAUAGAGAACAAGUGAUUGUGCCAUGCGUCUUCUUUUUCCUUCCAAGUAAAGUUUGACCGGCUGUAGCAGCACAAGAGUAAAAUACAUCUGAGCACACACACACACACACUCUCUCUCAUACAAACACACACACACACACUACACAAAGCCUUUACAAUCACAGUUUGCUGCUAUGAGCCUUAUUGACUGUAUCCACAAUGUUGUUUGUGUUGUCAACAGCUGUAUGAGAAUAUUAUGCUUCAUAUUUGUCAGUAUGUUCAAGUGAAAACAAACGUAUCUGAAAAAGCUUUUCUUUGAUUUCUAAAUAUUUUUGUCAGAAAUCCCUAAAGUGUCAAUCUUAAUCCGAGUGCACUUAAUAUUUUGAGAUAAAGAAGGUUUUAGUUGCACGUUUCAAACCAAAAUGCAGAGCUGAAUUCCACCAGAGACUAUAUUUAUGAGAAAAAGACAUUGUGAUAAUAGUUUAUAAUAAUUAUUUUAAUAGUCAAAGCCUACAAGAUUAAACUUUAAAUAUAUCAGUAAGUUACCCCCUGUUCCUACCCCUUUAUGAAAGAAAGAAAGAAAGAAUGUCAGCAGAAUUUAAUUUACAACACUCUAAAAAUUAAAUUGAUUUUAAAUAAUGACUGGUACAGAGUGUUGUAAGAGUACUUUAGCUUUUAGCACCACGUCAAUUAUUUAGCAUCCUACAGUGUUUGUCAUCAAUUGAACUGCCUCGUCUGCCAAAUAUUGUCUUUAUUGUUAUGUGUGAAUUGUACUGUACUGAGAGAAAAUUGUGUUAACUUAUAAUAAUUAUAUUAUGUAAAAUCAUAACCUAAUAUUUAAGUGACUUAAGGGAUGUCUGGGAGGAGAUUUACAUAAAGCAACAAGCCUGAUUUGAUAGCCUAUUAAGUUAUUUUUCAUGAACCA